GGUUUGUUUUGAAAAUAGAUAGUCGUUGUCGUUACAGUGUUCUUGGUAUAUACUACACAUUCGUACUGCCGGCUGCGGGGCAAUUUCGUUCAGUUUUGAUAGGUUUGUUGAUCUGUCAGCUAUGGCCAAGCGCGAUCCGGUAUAUUCACGUCAAGAUGAGUAUGAAACGCAGUUAUACGGAUUUUGUCAGAAAGACCUGAUGGAGCAUAUUAAGGCCUCUAUGUUCGAAGAAUAUACUAAAACCGUCCGUAAUGUGAAGAUUAGCCUACUUGAAUCAGAAACGACGGACGAAUGCAAGUCAGCCAUAGAACGAGUCGCAAAUAAUAUGUUGGAGAAAUGGCCAGAAGUGACCAAAGCCCCAUUUGAAAGAUUGGAGGAGCAACUGCAUGGAUUUAUGGACUUGCCUCCUCAUAUAUUGUUAAAUGAGGAUAAACUGCAGAGAAACAGACACACACCUGAAGAUGAACUCAAUGAGAAAAGUGAAAUUGACAAAUUAAAAUCCAGAUAUCGGCGGGCUAUGUACCUUAAAAAGUGCUAUGAAGAAGAACUAGAAAUGGCCAAACAGAUGGAAAGUCGUGUUGAGUUGUUUCAGACUGCUUUGGAUCAGUUAGAAAAUCCUCAAGUUUUGGCUAAAGCUGUGAAAUCAAAAGAAAUGCACUCAGUGGCUCAGAAUUUACUAGGUGCAGAAGUUGAAGAGGCAAAUCUGAAACUAUCCACUCAGCUACCCUGUGAAGAAAGCAACCCAGAACUAAUGGAUAGAGUUCUUGAACUGUAUGAUUCUUAACUUAUUGGAUUAUGAAUAAUAUGGAUUAUGGAUUGGAUUAUGAAUAACAUGGAUUAUGGAUUGGAUUAUGAAUAAUAAUGUGUUCUAUAACUUGAAAAAUAAAAACCAAUGAAUCACCA